CGGCUUUCUAUAUAUAUUCUACACUAUUUCUCACCACCCUACCUCCAAAUCUUUAUCUAUAUUUAUUUAAUAAUCUAUAAUAGCACCAUAGACAGAUCCUCAGAACUGGAGAUCCCGUGAAUCAAUCAACUCGCUCCUCCACGUAACAACAUCAAUCAAUCGCCUCUUUCGCACUUCAGUUCUUCAUUUUGGCGCCAAAACCAUGAAGUUCGACAACUCCAACGGCCAGCCGACCCUAGCCGCCCACCUUCCGCCGCCGCAGGAGGACAGCACCGACGCCGAAGCCGAUGAGAUAUUCGUCCCGCCCCUCAACUUCGCCAUGGUCGACAACGGCAUUUUUCGGUCCGGCUUUCCCAAUUCUGCUAAUUUCGGUUUCCUGAAAUCGCUCCGUCUUCGUUCCGUAAUAUGUUUGUGUCCUGAACCGUAUCCAGAAACGACGUCGGAAUUUUUGAAGGACAACGGAAUAAGGCUUUAUCAGUUCGGGAUCGAUGGCUGUAAGGAACCCUUUGUCAACAUCCCAAAUAAUACAAUUCGGGAAGCUUUGAAAGUAGCCCUCGAUGUUAAAAACCAUCCCCUUUUGAUUCAUUGUAAACGAGGAAAGCACCGCACUGGUUGCCUUGUGGGAUGCAUAAGAAGAUUGCAGAGAUGGUGUCUAUCAUCUGUUUUUGAUGAGUACCAAAGGUUUGCAGGUGCCAAAGCAAGGGUGUCAGACCAGAGGUUCAUCGAAUUAUUUGAUAUAUCCUGUUUGAAGCACCACCAACUCCCAUUUUCAUGCUCAAGGAAAUAGAAACAAAAAAUUGUCUAUUCUAGAAAGUUACUGCUUCCUCCCAUGGAAUAUUUCCAUAAUGAAGUGAAGUUUCAUAAUCACUAUUAGUUUAAUCAUAACGGCAGGAUCAGCUUCCUGAUGUAUACUUUCCUAUUAGAUGUUGGAUCCAAAUCCACCAAAUUGUGAUGAAACAUGCAAAAAACUAAUGUUUUCAUUUGAUUUCGCAUCU